UGGGCGCGGGAGGCGGGAGGCGGGGGGACAGAGGGAGGCGCCGCCGCCGCCGCCGCCCGCCCCUUUCCGCUGGGGAGCAGCUGCUGCAGCAGGAGCAGAGCAGGAGACGCGUAGCUGCCGCCGCCGCCGCCGCCGCCGCCGCCGCCGGGGGAUGUGGCCGGCGCCUGCCCCUAGCCGCGCCGCCUCUUGAGUACCAGCCACCGCUGCAGCCGCCGCCGCCGCCUAGCCGUGCGGUGCCAGGCCGCGCCCUCCCCGGGCGCCCGCCGGCUCGCAUGCCGAGGGGCUCCGGGGCGUAGCUGCGCGCCCGGCGCCGCCUCCGGGCUCCUUCGGCCCCGCCAUGGGCUGCUGCAGCUCCGCCUCCUCCGCCGCGCAGAGCUCCAAACGAGAAUGGAAGCCACUGGAGGACCGUAGCUGCACAGACAUACCAUGGCUGCUGCUCUUCAUCCUCUUCUGCAUUGGGAUGGGAUUUAUUUGUGGCUUUUCAAUAGCAACAGGUGCAGCAGCAAGACUAGUGUCAGGAUACGACAGCUAUGGAAAUAUCUGUGGGCAGAAAAAUACAAAGUUGGAAGCAAUACCAAACAGUGGCAUGGACCACACCCAGCGGAAGUAUGUAUUCUUUUUGGAUCCGUGCAACCUGGACUUGAUAAACCGGAAGAUUAAGUCUGUAGCACUGUGUGUAGCAGCAUGUCCAAGGCAAGAACUGAAAACUCUGAGUGAUGUUCAGAAGUUUGCAGAGAUAAAUGGUUCAGCCCUAUGUAGCUACAACCUAAAGCCUUCUGAAUACACUACAUCUCCAAAAUCUUCUGUUCUCUGCCCCAAACUACCAGUUCCAGCGAGUGCACCUAUUCCAUUCUUCCAUCGCUGUGCUCCUGUGAACAUUUCCUGCUAUGCCAAGUUUGCAGAGGCCCUGAUCACCUUUGUCAGUGACAAUAGUGUCUUACACAGGCUGAUUAGUGGAGUAAUGACCAGCAAAGAAAUUAUAUUGGGACUUUGCUUGUUAUCACUAGUUCUAUCCAUGAUUUUGAUGGUGAUAAUCAGGUAUAUAUCAAGAGUACUUGUGUGGAUCUUAACGAUUCUGGUCAUACUCGGUUCACUUGGAGGCACAGGUGUACUAUGGUGGCUGUAUGCAAAGCAAAGAAGGUCUCCCAAAGAAACGGUUACUCCUGAGCAGCUUCAGAUAGCUGAAGACAAUCUUCGGGCCCUCCUCAUUUAUGCCAUUUCAGCUACAGUGUUCACAGUGAUCUUAUUCCUGAUAAUGUUGGUUAUGCGCAAACGUGUUGCUCUUACCAUCGCCUUGUUCCACGUAGCUGGCAAGGUCUUCAUUCACUUGCCACUGCUAGUCUUCCAGCCCUUCUGGACUUUCUUUGCUCUUGUCUUGUUUUGGGUGUACUGGAUCAUGACACUUCUUUUUCUUGGCACUACCGGCAGUCCUGUUCAGAAUGAGCAAGGCUUUGUGGAGUUCAAAAUUUCUGGGCCUCUGCAGUACAUGUGGUGGUACCAUGUGGUGGGCCUGAUUUGGAUCAGUGAAUUUAUUCUAGCAUGUCAGCAGAUGACAGUGGCAGGAGCUGUGGUAACAUACUAUUUUACCAGGGAUAAAAGGAAUUUGCCAUUUACACCUAUUUUGGCAUCAGUAAAUCGCCUUAUUCGUUACCACCUAGGUACGGUGGCAAAAGGAUCUUUCAUUAUCACAUUAGUCAAAAUUCCGCGAAUGAUCCUUAUGUAUAUUCACAGUCAGCUCAAAGGAAAGGAAAAUGCUUGUGCACGAUGUGUGCUGAAAUCUUGCAUUUGUUGCCUUUGGUGUCUUGAAAAGUGCCUAAAUUAUUUAAAUCAGAAUGCAUACACAGCCACAGCUAUCAACAGCACCAACUUCUGCACCUCAGCAAAGGAUGCCUUUGUCAUUCUGGUGGAGAAUGCUUUGCGAGUGGCUACCAUCAACACAGUAGGAGAUUUUAUGUUAUUCCUUGGCAAGGUGCUGAUAGUCUGCAGCACAGGUUUAGCUGGGAUUAUGCUGCUCAACUACCAGCAGGACUACACAGUAUGGGUGCUGCCUCUGAUCAUCGUCUGCCUCUUUGCUUUCCUAGUCGCUCAUUGCUUCCUGUCUAUUUAUGAAAUGGUAGUGGAUGUAUUAUUCUUGUGUUUUGCCAUUGAUACAAAAUACAAUGAUGGGAGCCCUGGCAGAGAAUUCUAUAUGGAUAAAGUGCUGAUGGAGUUUGUGGAAAACAGUAGGAAAGCAAUGAAAGAAGCUGGUAAGGGAGGCGUCGCUGAUGCCAGAGAGCUAAAGCCGAUGGCUUCGGGAGCAAGUUCUGCUUGAACCUAGCCGACGGUUAUGGAAACCCAUUGACAUUCCAAAACAAUAUAUACACAUAACUAUGUAUUUGUGUGUGUGGGUGUGUGUAUAUAUGUAUAUGUAUGUGUGUAUAUAUGUAUAUGUAUAUACACACACACACAUAAAUCAGCCAAAAUCAGAGAAAAGGAACAGGGAUUUAAUACCUUUUUUAUGCUUAUUUUUGUCAAACAUGUACUCCUUUCAUACGGGUGGCUUUUACAAGGCAACUUCCGUCAUUUAAUGUUUUCAACUGUAAUUGUCUUAAUGGAAAUGUUAAAAUUCAUAUCUGAUUAACAUUUUUAAUAACUUAGAGGAGAUUUUAACUUUAUUUAAAAAUAGGUAAAAUUAUUGUACCUAAUUAUGUCUAAAGUUUAUUCAGGGGUAAUUUCCCUGAUGUCUGUAUAAAAUCAAGAUCUUAUUUUACUGAUGCAUAAGUCCUAGUGGGUCAAGACUAGGCAUAUGCUUUCAGAUAAAUGAGGAAUUACUCCAAUCAGUUUUCCCCAAUCAAAGAAGCCAUGUCAUUUUACUUUUAGAAACAUACAAGUGGGCCCAAUAUGGGAAUUUUCAUAAUAGUUCAUACAUUUGUCAGCCAACAUUAAAAGGUAACCAACUCCUCAGGUAUUUGUAGUUUACCCUAACGCUUCUUUAAAAGAAAGUAGGUAAAAAAAGAAAAGGGUAGAUAAUCUUUCGUAUGCAAACUUUUCCCUUAUAUUUUGUCUUUCUUUCCUUUUUGACUUUAGUAGCAUCCUCCACACAUUUGUGUGCCUGAUUUGAAAGGAAGCUGGGGCACCCAGCGAGUUUAGCCUUUAAGUUUCUGUGUAUUGAUUUGCAGAUUAAGUAAUGCUGGGAGGAAUAAAGAAGGGACAGAAACAUGGAACAUAAAGCAUUGAAAAUUCCGGUGCUUGGGCUUCGGCUUCAGAGUAACCAGUGGCUUAGGGUUAAACGGCCAUUUUAUUCAAAUGCUUGCUAUACAAUCUGAAAACACACUGGCAGGUGCUCCUCUCCUUGGCAAUUCAUUGAGUAUCCAGAGUUCUACGAUGUUUAACUGAAGAAUUGGCUAAUGUUUUGAUCCUCCAGUGUGACUGUUGUUUUUGUUUGGGGGUGGGUUUGGGGUUUUUUGCUUUUUUAUUCCUGAAGCUUACCAGAUAUGAAUGGCUAAUACUCCAUUGUUCUGCUUAUUGUAAUGGUGAAUGCUUUAAGAAAAAAAAAGUGUAAUUUGCUAAGAAUAAUUCAUGAUCUGUUUAUGCGAUAACUCCUUUUUGUUACAAUUUUUUUAAAAAAAGCUAUUUUUGUUAAUGUAAAGUAAAUAUUUCAGAGCAAAUUUUUUAAACUUAUUGCACUAAAUACAGGCUCUGUACAAAAAAAAAAAAAAAAAAAGCCUCAGCAUUUUAUCAUUCCAUGGAAGGAGAAUCUUUUGAAAGAAAGCAUUGCCUCCUACCAGAACUAGACAGUGAAUUAGAUCGGUAUUAUGGAAAUGCAUACAAGUAAUGUCACUAGGGCUUAAUAAGCAGCCAUUUGCUAAUGUGCUUCCUUUCAAAGGGUUGGACCUUUAAAUUGCUGCAAAAGGUAAAUUGUAUUUUUUUUUAAGUAUUGGUGUUCUUUACUCUAGCUAGGCUAAAAUUUGCUAAAUGCCUUGGUUUCUUUUAAAAGUUCAUGUAAUAUUUCUGAUUUUUCAGAAUAUUUGCAAUAAGAGUCUGGAUUUUAAAAAACACAUGCAUACACACAAUUAAGAGCUCAUGUCUUAGCAAGAUCUGGGAAACCAACAUUGCGAGAGUAGCUAUUUUGAAAGAAUAAUUCUCCAGAAGUUAACAUCUAACAUCUAGUAUCACCAAACAGUAUCGCUGUUCUCUUUUAUUCAUUUGAAAUGAAUAAAUAUAAUUAUAUAACUAACAAUUGUCCAAAUAGAUGAGAGAGCAAAUCAUGUGAGAAAAUUCAGAAUACCAUCUGUUUCAUAGCCGCACAGAUUUUGGACUUUCACAAACAUUGGGAACUAAAUUUAGAAUUGGCAAAAGUCUAGAAGAUGGGUAUCAAAACAGAAGACAUUCCAGGAGCUAGCAAUUUUAAGAGGUGUCCCUCCAAAGUGACCUGAUGGAAGUCCUGAACUUGGAAAUUAGGUUCUACUCACUUGGACAUCCCUGCAUCAUGGACUGUUGCUGCUCCCUCUUCCAUAUGCUCGCAAUCUCAGCUAUUUGGAAGCCACCAGGAAUGCUUUCUAAUUAUCAUUUGCAACUAGAACUGUAAUCAGAAAGAAAUUUUGUAUUUUUGUAUAACUUGAUUGUGUGCCAUUUUAUAUAACAGGUCCUGUUUUACAAAUAAAUUUUGUUUUACUAA